AUGCCGUCGUACUACGGUAUAUCACCAAUCAAUCAAUCAGUAUUCUUUCUAUUCAGAUAUUCUUUACGAUCCGUGAACGUCAACUACACACCACACCUAUGCUAUGAUUUCGGUGAUGCAGAUGAUGAACAACGGUCCGAACAACAGGAAUCCACCCCUACCCGAGUUCACCCCACGACUAUGGUUGGUCUAUUCGCAAAUGCUUAUUACAGCGGCUUCAAUCUGAACCCCGGAACCGGAAGAAGUCUACCGACUGGAGCCUUUUGGCCACAACAACCUCAACAACCAACUAGUGAUGCACAAUCAGAACGGAGUAACAGUGAAGCAUCCCCGCCUGUCGUGCCAACCAGUACGACGGUCAAUCACAUGGCUCAUAACUACACGCCCGGUUAUCCGGAAUGGCAAGCCGCGCAGAAAGCUUUUGCAGCAGCACAAAGUGUGAAUGGCGCCGCUGCCGGAACCAAAUUUCCGCCAGGACCCAGUGUAGAGCAAUUUGCAAAUAUUUUGCGAUUUAUGACACCAUUUAAUUGUCCUUUAAACAUAUGCAAGUUGGAAGGGUUACUGUAUUCUCCCAAGUGGUUUCUGGUCAACUGUGCAGGUUUCGACAUGAUGUCAGCAGCAGUGAACCCAAUGUGUCCGCCAGAAUUCUAUCAUCCCGGUAUCACGUGGCCCGGUUACCAAUAUGGGCAACAAUAUCCGUUCGCUACUGGACCUUAUGCCCAACAUAUGAUGGACAUCCCUGGCCUGACAGUACCCGGAACCAUUCACUUAUUCGCGAUUACUGUACCUACCGUAGCCGGGUGGAUAGCGCGACGUGUCAUCGGUGUCGGGCUCUUUCAAGUUGUCGCGCAAGAACGACGACGAUUUCGUCUGACGUCCUCCGUCUCCGGUUUUCAGAAUAGUUAUGACCAGUCGCUCGCGUUUUUCCCCGGUGAUGAACUUUCUUCCCGUCUGGGAGUCAAUAACAUGAUUGCAGAGUCCUAUAAAGUUAUUUUCACUUGA